GCCAAGAGAAAAAAGACGGCUCCACCAGAGAAACCAGCCAAGAAACAAAAAAGUGGAGAGAGCUCAAAGCCGAGCGGUUCAUCCAAGAGCAGCAAUAAUGGUGAUGACAACAUGUUCCAGAUCGGUAAAAUGAGAUACGUCAGCGUCAGAGACUUCAAGGGCAAAGUCCUGAUCGACAUCAGGGAGUACUGGAUGAACCAAGAUGGGGAAAUGAAGCCGGGGAAGAAAGGCAUUGCCUUGAAUCCUGAACAGUGGAACCAACUAAAAGAGCAGAUAUCAGAAAUUGAUGAUGCCAUUAAAAGAAUAUAAUCAUUCCUUCAGAUGUCAUCUGCUGAACUAAUGUUUAUGAAGCAGUUUGAGUAAAUCCACAUUUUGUUUGUUUUUGUUUUGUUAGAUUUGUAGUUUCCUGAUGUAGRGUCGUCUGCAUACUUUGUGUUCAUGUGAAUGAUCAGAUGGCUGAUGGUAACUCCUCUAUAGUGAUGUUUUGUACUGAAUAAUAAAAGUGUUGGACUGGUUUAAUAUUGGUUUCUUUCUGUAAAAGUUGUUUUGUUUGUGUUUGUUUAUUUAGCUCUAAAUUUUAGGACAAAUGUUGAAACUGGCUUUAUUAUUGUGAUAAGAUCCAUAGUUGUGAGUCGAUAAUGUCAGUCGUUUGGUUUGAGACUUCUGUACAAAACCUCUGUAUCCCAGUUUUAACUUAAUGUUUGUACAAUAAAACAUCAUGCACAGUUUCUCCAGCCUUUCUCCUAAUGAGCCGGCUCUAAGAACGUUCUGAGGACCARGGAUGAAAUGUGGAACCAACAGUCAUGAUUUUUGUUGAUUUACUUUAAAAACAUAAGUGAAAAGACGCUUUAGAGCMUCAGAAUCUCCACAAACUGACCAGCUCUGUAACAACAAAUGAUUUGAUGUUGACAAAUAUAGACUUUAAGGCAGCAAUGUGUUUGUGAAAGCAUUCCACCAAAUCUUGAUUUCUGAACUCGAGUUAAAACCUUAGUAUUGUUUCUAAAUGAAUAUGAACUGGUUUUCUGUGCAUUAUUUGAGGUCUGAAAGCGCUGAAUAUUUGUAGUCAUGUUGACCAUUUCAUUUUCUGCAAAUAAAUACAGUUUGAAUUUUA